GCUGUAAGAGGGCGGGCAGCAGCCCUUGGAGGGAGUCCUGCAAAGAGCGGGUGAGAGUGAAAGUAUUGCUUAGCCAAGAUUAUAAUGGUGACCUGUCUAUUCGGUCGAGCAACACUUCGCGUCCGACAUAGUUCCAGAAUGAGACUAACGGUGAGGCAUGAAACCCUAGGCCUAUUGGCCCUAUUGGUAGUGGUGGGCCUUACAACGGCGGCGCCCGUCCCAUCCCCUUCCCCACAGCCUGCUGAGGACUCUCAGGAGAACUCAAUCGAGGCCUACGAGGACGGCUUGCUGGUCUUCGUCCCUACCAUCCCAGCUGAUGACAAGGACAAGUCAGGGCAUCAGCUCAAACGUGAGGUCGAGUACGAGCUCAUUGCUAUCCCAGGAGAGCUGCUACGAAGGGAGAUUCGCCAGAUUUCCCAGACCUAUGGACCACCAAGUGUCUCCACAAGCUAUUCUGGCCCCACUGAUAACACUCCCCUCGUUUUCUCAAGUGACACAGUUCAAGAUUUUGGAGAAGUGAUCAUUCCUAAGCCACCAUCAACCACCGUACACAAGGAAGUCACCUUGCCCACAAUCUCGGUAUCUGCUGCUCCUGAUUUCUCUUCUGUGAUCAGCAAUGUAGCCAAUGCGGCUGGGCAAACCAGUCAAUAUGUUGGAACUGCUGGGCAGACUUUAGUUGAAGUAGGUCAAGCUGGAACACAGGUUCUUGGUCAAGUUGGUACUGCUGCUGCAUCUGGUGGUAUUCAGCUUGCAAGCUGGCUUGCAAGUCAGAAAGCCAAAGGACUUACCACUGCUACUCAAGUUGUAGGAGGUGGGUUGCAGUAUGCCGGACAGUUGAGUGCAGGAGUUCUACGUGCUCUUUUGCAGGUUCCAGCCAUCAAGGCCCGUGUCCUGUCAGAAGUUAUCGAAGCUGGACAACCUCUGGUUUACGCUGUCAGCGAUGUCCUCUCAGAAUCCUCCGAUGACCUCGCCAACUUCUUUGAGGCGAAAACCUCCAUUGUGCAAGAAGCUCUAGGCAUCAUCAUCCGCCUCAUUCAGGACACCCUCGCCUUGAAGGGUCGCAUCAUCUACUCCCUCAGCUCCAACGGCCUUGACAUCGGUGCCACUGCUUUCAACGCCGGAGUGAGAAUUGGAGGUGCUGCCGUAGAGUCGGCUACUGGCAUCGCAGCAGCGCUUGGCAGCGGAUUCUCUGACCUCAUCAACGCUGGAAGGAGCGUCAGCCUGCCACCUCCUCCUUCCCUCCCCCCAAUCACCCUGCCAAGUCUGCCAGCCAUCAGCAUUCCCUCCAUUUCUAUUCCUAAUGUCGACUUGAGCGGACUUAUUCCUCGUAAGCCCACCUUGAGUCCCCUUCCCCUCCCCGCCAAGCCCACCAUCUCUGUGUCAACAUCAACAGGGACUGUGGGCCCAUCCAUUGGCGUGUCCCAGCCUUCCUUCAGUGUAGGAGUGUCGAAGCCAGUCAUUUCCACUCCCUCACAGACCUAUGGAACUCCACUUCGUUAAAUAGGAUUAGUUCUUCGUCUAGCGAUGUCAUUUCAUCCUUACAGACUUCAGUGCAAAGUCUCGUCUCUUCUUUGCAGAUACAAGUCAACUUUUUUGACAGAUGAUAGUCAUGUAGUAUUUAAUUUUGAGUAAGGUGUCUUUCCUCGUAUCGUUUUACCUUUUUUGCUUCCUACGUCAUACUUUCCUUCUAUUCUCUACCAUUAUUUUCGUAUUCUCUCAGAACAGAUAACUUAAUUAACAAAGCCAAGUUAAUUUCAGCUUUCAGUUAUUAUGUUUUCUCAGGUUUUCUCAUUUAUACAGAUUUCUCUAACAGUUUAUAUUCCAUAUCUCUCAGUUUUUCUAUGCCAAUAAAUUAGUUUUGCUGAAAUUUAACCUAAGGAAGCCUGACACAGCUUAUGUAUAUAUAUAUAUAU